AUGCCCUUUCAAGCAGCAAGCAACGAAGAAAUCCAUCUCUUCAUCGUCGCCGCCGUCGUCUCUCCUCUCCCAAACCAGAAUCACUCUGCCGCCGCCGGAGGCCAACCCCGCCCCAUCCGGCCUCCGCUAAUUUCUCGAUUUUGUUAUGCUUGGCCGUCGGCGGCGAAGCGAAUAGCGGCGGAGACAGUGACGAAGAGUGGCGCGAUCGUGGAGAAAGGCCACGUGUGCGAAGAAGAGACGCAUCUCACCAUGCUGAAAACCUCUCUCUUUUUCGCCGGCGAAGGCUUCACUGCUUACGAUUGCAAAGGCGCUCUCGUCUUCCGAGUCGACUCGUACGGCCCCGACGGCGACGAUACUGGCAAAUUCGUUCUCAUGGAUGGCUCCGGCAGAUGCAUCCUCACCGUCCGCCGCAAGAGGCCGAGUCUGCACCAGCGGUGGGAGGGCUUCGUCGGCGAGGGAUCGGAGGGGAAGAAGGCGAUGUUCAGCGUGCGGAGAUCGUCCAUAAUCGGAUGGUCGAGCAUGACGGUAGAGGUGUACACCAACCCCGACGAGGAGUACCAGAUCGAAGGCUCCUUCGCGUGCCGAACCUGGAACAUUCUGGCUGCGGAUAAGGAGAUCGUGGCUGAGAUCCGGCGCAAGAUGGACGGUGUUGAGCUUGGUUUGUGUUAG